AUGUACUUAAAGAACAGGUCGCAACAUAAUCGAUUGAACAAACUUGGUUGGACGAUCUCUAAGCCACCCAUCCGUCGUAACAAUGAGGUUAAACAUGAUAAUGGAAUGUCCAAACAAGGCGGUGCCGAUGAAUUGGACGGUCCUUUCCUCGGCGGAAGCUGUCCUAAUGAGGGUCGGCAGGACAGAAGGUAG